UGAAGCAAGAUGGCCGGCGGCGGAGGCCGGGCCCCGGCGUGAGCCGAGCGCGGGCGGCAGCCCCGCCAUGCACCACCAGCCCAGCGGCCGCUGAGCCCGACCUGACGGAGCCGGCCCGCCGGCGACCCCGCAGACAUGUCGCUACUUUGCGUUGGAGUCAAAAAAGCCAAGUUUGAUGGUGCCCAAGAGAAAUUCAACACAUAUGUGACCCUGAAGGUGCAGAAUGUCAAGAGCACGACCAUCGCGGUGCGGGGGAGCCAGCCCAGCUGGGAACAGGACUUCAUGUUUGAGAUUAACCGCCUCGAUUUGGGGCUAACGGUGGAGGUGUGGAACAAGGGCCUCAUCUGGGACACGAUGGUGGGCACGGUGUGGAUCCCCCUGCAGACCAUCCGCCAGUCCAAUGAGGACGGCCCUGGAGAGUGGCUGACCCUGGACUCCCAGGUCAUCAUGGCAGACAGUGAGAUCUGUGGCACCAAGGACCCCACCUUCCACCGCAUCCUCCUCGACACACGCUUCGAGCUGCCCUUAGAUAUUCCCGAGGAGGAGGCUCGCUACUGGGCCAAGAAGCUGGAGCAGCUGAACGCCAUGCGGGACCAGGACGAGUACUCAUUCCAAGAUGAACCAGACAAGCCUCUCCCUGUCCCCAGCAACCAGUGUUGCAACUGGAAUUAUUUUGGCUGGGGUGAGCAGCAGAAUGAUGACCCUGACAGUGCGGUGGACGAUCGUGACAGUGACUAUCGCAGCGAGACAAGCAACAGCAUCCCACCACCUUAUUACACUACAUCCCAGCCCAAUGCUUCUGUCCACCAGUAUUCUGUUCGCCCGCCACCCCUGGGUUCCCGGGAAUCCUACAGCGACUCCAUGCACAGUUACGAGGAGCUCUCUGAGCCGCGGGCCCUCAGCCCCACAGGCAGCAGCCGCUACGCCUCCUCAGGGGAGCUGAGCCAGGGCAGCUCACAGCUGAGUGAGGACUUCGACCCGGAUGAGCAGAGCCUGCAGGGAUCCGAGAUCGAAGAUGAGCGGGACCGGGACUCCUACCACUCCUGCCACAGCUCAGUCAGCUACCACAAGGACUCGCCGCGCUGGGACCAGGACGAGGAUGAGCUGGAUGAGGAGCUGGAUGAGGAGCUGGAUGAAGACCUGGAGGACUUCCUGGAGGAGGAGGAGGAAGAGGAGGAGGAGGAACUGCCUGAGGAUGAGGAGGAACUGGAAGAGGAAGACGAAGUGCCUGAUGACAUCCGUGGUUAUACUGAGCGCCAGGAGGCAGCCGUGGCCGAGCCCAAGGACUUCAAGCGCGUCAGUGUUCUGCCCGCCGCCCCCGAGAAGGAGGACAAGGCCCAGGCCAUGCCUGCCGAGGCCCCCGCUGUGGCCAAGGUGGCUCCUGAGCCAUCCAUGCCUGAGGAAGUGCCUGCAGCUGAGCGGGUGCCCGAGGACAAGCCCCCCAAAGCUGAGGAGAGGCCAAAAGAAGACGAGGAAGGUCAGGAAGGUCAGGACUCCAUGUCCAGGGCCAAGGCCAACUGGCUGCGAGCCUUCAACAAAGUGCGGCUGCAGCUGCAGGAGGCCCGGGGAGAAGGAGAGAUGUCCAAAUCCCUGUGGUUCAAAGGCGGCCCUGGAGGGGGUCUCAUCAUCAUCGACAGCAUGCCUGACAUCCGCAAGCGGAAGCCCAUCCCACUCGUGAGUGACCUGGCCAUGUCCCUGGUCCAGUCCAGAAAAGCCGGCAUCACAUCCGCCUUGGCCUCCAGCACUUUGAACAACGAGGAGCUGAAAAACCACGUUUACAAGAAGACCCUGCAAGCCUUAAUCUACCCCAUUUCGUGCACUACGCCGCACAACUUCGAGGUGUGGACGGCCACCACGCCCACCUACUGCUACGAGUGCGAAGGGCUGCUGUGGGGCAUCGCGCGGCAGGGCAUGCGCUGCACCGAGUGCGGCGUCAAGUGCCACGAGAAGUGCCAGGACCUGCUCAACGCCGACUGCCUGCAGCGGGCGGCGGAGAAGAGCUCCAAGCACGGGGCCGAGGACCGGACGCAGAACAUCAUCAUGGUGCUCAAGGACCGCAUGAAGAUCCGGGAGCGCAACAAGCCCGAGAUCUUCGAGCUCAUCCAGGAGAUCUUCGCUGUGACCAAGGCGGCGCACACGCAGCAGAUGAAGGCGGUCAAGCAGAGCGUGCUGGACGGCACGUCCAAGUGGUCGGCCAAGAUCAGCAUCACUGUGGUCUGUGCCCAGGGCUUGCAGGCAAAGGACAAGACGGGAUCUAGUGACCCCUAUGUCACCGUCCAGGUCGGAAAGACCAAGAAGCGGACGAAGACCAUCUACGGGAACCUGAACCCUGUGUGGGAGGAGAACUUCCAUUUUGAAUGUCACAACUCCUCAGAUCGAAUCAAGGUACGAGUCUGGGACGAAGACGAUGAUAUCAAAUCCCGCGUGAAACAACGGUUCAAGAGAGAGUCUGACGACUUCCUGGGGCAGACAAUCAUCGAGGUGCGGACGCUCAGUGGCGAGAUGGACGUGUGGUACAACCUGGACAAGCGGACGGACAAAUCUGCUGUGUCGGGUGCCAUCCGGCUACACAUCAGUGUGGAGAUCAAAGGGGAGGAGAAGGUGGCCCCCUACCAUGUUCAGUAUACUUGUCUGCAUGAGAACCUGUUCCACUUCGUAACUGACAUGCAGAACAAUGGGGUUGUGAAGAUCCCGGAUGCUAAGGGUGACGACGCCUGGAAGGUCUACUAUGAUGAGACAGCUCAGGAGAUUGUGGAUGAAUUUGCCAUGCGCUAUGGCGUCGAGUCCAUCUACCAAGCCAUGACCCACUUUGCCUGCCUCUCCUCCAAGUACAUGUGUCCUGGGGUGCCUGCUGUCAUGAGCACCCUGCUUGCCAACAUCAAUGCCUAUUAUGCGCAUACCACCGCCUCCACCAACGUGUCUGCCUCUGACCGCUUCGCAGCCUCCAACUUCGGGAAAGAGCGCUUUGUGAAGCUCCUGGACCAACUGCAUAAUUCCCUGCGAAUUGACCUCUCCAUGUACCGGAAUAACUUCCCAGCCAGUAGCCCAGAGAGACUCCAGGACCUCAAAUCCACUGUGGACCUUCUCACCAGCAUCACUUUCUUUCGGAUGAAGGUGCAAGAACUCCAGAGCCCGCCCCGAGCCAGCCAGGUUGUGAAGGAUUGUGUGAAAGCCUGCCUCAACUCUACUUAUGAGUACAUCUUCAAUAACUGUCAUGAACUCUACAGUCGGGAGUACCAGACAGACCCUGCCAAGAAGGGGGAAGUUCCCCCAGAGGAACAGGGCCCCAGCAUCAAGAACCUCGACUUCUGGUCCAAGCUGAUCACUCUCAUAGUGUCCAUCAUCGAGGAAGACAAGAAUUCCUACACUCCCUGCCUCAACCAGUUUCCCCAGGAGCUGAAUGUGGGUAAAAUCAGUGCUGAAGUGAUGUGGAACCUGUUUGCCCAGGACAUGAAGUAUGCCAUGGAGGAGCAUGACAAGCAUCGCUUGUGCAAGAGCGCCGACUACAUGAACCUCCACUUCAAGGUCAAGUGGCUCUACAAUGAGUAUGUGACAGAGCUUCCUGCUUUUAAGGACCGAGUGCCAGAGUACCCUGCGUGGUUUGAGCCCUUCGUCAUCCAGUGGCUGGAUGAGAAUGAGGAGGUGUCCCGAGAUUUCCUGCAUGGAGCCCUGGAGCGAGACAAGAAGGAUGGGUUCCAGCAGACCUCAGAGCAUGCCCUGUUCUCCUGCUCCGUGGUGGAUGUCUUCUCCCAGCUUAACCAGAGCUUUGAGAUCAUCAAAAAGCUCGAGUGCCCUGACCCUCAGAUCGUGGGGCACUACAUGAGGCGGUUUGCCAAGACCAUCAGUAAUGUGCUCCUCCAGUAUGCGGACAUCAUCAUCAAGGACUUCGCCUCCUACUGCUCCAAGGAGAAGGAGAAAGUGCCCUGCAUCCUCAUGAACAACACUCAGCAGCUGCGAGUUCAGCUGGAGAAGAUGUUUGAAGCCAUGGGAGGGAAAGAGCUGGACGCUGAGGCCAGCGACAUCUUGAAAGAGCUCCAGGUGAAACUCAACAACGUCUUGGAUGAGCUCAGCCGGGUGUUUGCUACCAGCUUCCAGCCUCACAUUGAGGAGUGCGUCAAACAGAUGGGCGACAUCCUUAGCCAGGUGAAGGGCACGGGCAAUGUGCCAGCCAGUGCCUGCAGCAGCGUGGCCCAAGAUGCUGACAACGUGCUGCAGCCCAUCAUGGACCUGCUGGACAGCAACCUGACUCUCUUUGCCAAAAUCUGCGAGAAGACGGUGCUGAAGAGGGUACUGAAGGAGCUGUGGAAGCUGGUCAUGAACACCAUGGAGAAGACCAUUGUCCUGCCACCCCUCACUGACCAGACGAUGAUCGGCACCCUCUUGAGAAAACAUGGCAAGGGAUUAGAAAAGGGCAGGGCGAAACUGCCAAGCCACUCAGACGGAACCCAGAUGAUCUUCAAUGCGGCCAAGGAGCUGGGUCAACUGUCUAAACUCAAGGACCACAUGGUACGAGAGGAAGCCAAGAGCUUGACCCCAAAGCAGUGUGCGGUCGUAGAGCUGGCCCUGGACACCAUCAAGCAAUACUUCCACGCGGGCGGCGUGGGCCUCAAGAAGACCUUCUUGGAGAAGAGCCCGGACCUGCAGUCGCUGCGCUAUGCCCUGUCCCUCUACACGCAGGCCACCGACCUGCUCAUUAAGACCUUCGUGCAGACGCAGGCUGCCCAGGUCCAUGGUGGAAAAGGGACUAGGUUUACCCUUAGUGAAGACAUUUAUCCUGAGAAGGGCUCCAACGUGGAAGAUCCUGUGGGUGAAGUCUCCGUCCACGUUGAGCUCUUCACUCAUCCAGGAACCGGGGAACACAAGGUCACAGUGAAAGUGGUGGCUGCCAAUGACCUCAAGUGGCAGACUUCUGGCAUUUUCCGGCCGUUCAUUGAAGUCAACAUCAUUGGGCCCCAUCUCAGCGACAAGAAACGCAAGUUUGCAACCAAAUCCAAGAACAACAGCUGGGCCCCCAAGUACAAUGAGAGCUUCCAGUUCACGCUGAGUGCGGAAGCGGGCCCUGAGUGCUACGAGCUGCAGGUGUGCGUCAAAGACUACUGCUUUGCGCGGGAGGACCGUACGGUGGGGCUGGCCGUGCUGCAGUUGCGUGAGCUGGCCCAGCGCGGGAGCGCCGCCUGCUGGCUGCCCCUCGGCCGCCGCAUCCACAUGGACGACACGGGCCUCACGGUGCUGCGCAUCCUGUCGCAACGCAGUAACGACGAGGUCGCCAAGGAGUUCGUCAAGCUCAAGUCGGACACGCGCUCCGCCGAGGAGGGUGGUGCCACGCCUGCGUCCUAGGCGGGGCGCGCGGGCGGGCAGCACUGCGCCUGCGCGAAGCGGCGGGGCGGGCGCCUGCGUGCUGGGACCUUCCUGAGGGCGAGUCUGCGGGCUCCGCGCCGAAGACAGUGUGCGCCUGCGCCCUGGACUUAGCUUCCCACUGAGGAAUUAUGAAUGGACGAUGCCCCGCCCCCUCGGGAGGCCACGCCCUAGAGCGCGGGGAAGGAAAAAGCCACAUUCCCCCCUUGCGGCCACGCCUGCCUCGCCUGCGGGGCCUAUGGAGCUAGGAUGGGAGAACCCCGCCCCUUAUGGAGGAGGCCUGGUCCCCGGGCUCUGGUCCCCUGCCUCCUGUCCCAAGGAAAAGCCAUAAGACGGGUCCCCAACCCCUGGGGCCCAAGACCAGUUGCCAAGUAUGGAACUUUCGGCUCCCUCGAGGGGCAGGCCCGAGGCAAGGGGCAGGGCUUCCUGGAGCACCCCCUGGUGGUGUGGGGGCUGGAGGGGCUAGGAUGGUGGACCCUUGUGCAAAAAAUAAACGGGGAGAGAGAGGAGGAUGGAAUUUCAAAAGCACAUGCGCCCUCCGGCGCCCAAACCCUGGGGGCCCAGGGAAGGGCUCUGGGGCACCCGCAUUUCCCUGUGGGUUUUUUCUCCUCUUUACCCCCCACAUGCCCAGUCCUCAUAUCAUAGAGUUCAACUCACUCAUUUGACAGAUGGCAGAAAGCGGCAAAGCGUUGUGAGGGACCCAGUGCCGGCCUUGUCCCCACUCCCUUUGGCCUGUGUGCCCCAUCCGAGGGUGGACGGAGAUGCCCCCACAGAGCUCCCCGUUGCUGCUAACCCCCCUCAGGGGACCUCCCCCAACCCUUACAAAGAAUGGGGGUCUGGGCCAAGCCUCCUACUGCCCCCUCCCACCUCUGGUUGCCAAGAAAACCGCCUGCCCUCAGCCCUUUCUGCUAGGACCUCAUGGGAGCUACCCUGAGAACUCGACCUCCUGCCAACAAAAAGUGAGGAUUUGGGAUUCUCUGGACCCAGCCCCCAGCCCGCUUCCCCUCCCAGAAUUCUCCAGACAGGAAAGAACAGAAGAGACUAGAAAUUCUAGGGGUAAGGGGUGUGUGUUUGUGGGGAGGGGUGGGGGGGAGGGAGGCUCUCCAGCACCAGCCUGAGCACGUUGAUUGGGAAAUUUCCUCCCUCUUUUCCCAGAGAACUUACUCAUCCCGCAAAACUCAGCACAAAUAUCUCCUCCUGUAGAAAAUCAUCACUGUUCCCCCUCAGGACUCCCCACCCUUUGCCCUAGAAGCAGUGGGACUGGGGGUGUUGGUGACCGGCUCCGUCUUCUCCAGGCUGGGGUCUGAGGCCUCCCAAGGCCCACGCAGGCUGGUGGGCACAGGGAUGACAACGAGGCAUGCCUAGUUGAGUUAUGUCUUGGGGCACAUCUGUGUGUGCCCACGCAUCCACAUGUGUGUCUGUCCAUGACCAUCCCUAUCAACCUUCGCCUCCAACACAGAUCUGGGCACACAGGAGUUGUUGGAGCCCGACUGUGGCUGAGGCACAAGACAGAGUGAAGAGGGGAUGUGGGAGAGACGGGAGGAAACCAGGGAGUUGGAAGGGUUUGGAAUCAGGAGCAACAAGGCUCAGAGAGGAGCAGGACUUGCCCCAAGGCCGCCCAGCGAGCUUGGAGGAUCCCUCUAGGCUUCUGCCGCCUCACCGGGGGUGGCCAGGGUUCUUAGCCCUGACGGGGUUGCAUUGGCCUUGCUUCAUGCCAAGAUAUGGCCCAAGUUUUCCAUGGGUCAGGAAGACGAUGAAGGAGCAUGGGCCUCUGAUGAGGUAGAGAGGUGGACAGGAGGGACAUCUUGGGCAGAGCCAGUCCCCUCCCCAAGAGGGACAGACGCAGAGUGAGGACACAGACCAAGAGAAGGAGGGAGAGAGAAGGAAAGUCAGGAAAAAGAGAUCAUGCCCCAAUGGGGACAGAGAGAGACCUUGAGAUGGAGAGAGACUCAGAGAGGGGGAGCUGCAGAGACAGAGAGAGGAGAAAAGGCAACACUGGUGACCUGGAAGGAGAAGGGACCGACUCUGGCUCUCACCAGCCUCACCUAGGAGGGUUUACCUACAAGGAGGGGGUACCUGGCCAUGUCCCCCAAACGCUCAGACUCAGGCACCAGAGCCUGAAACCUCACCAUGCCCCCAUCAGAGAUGCAAAAAAUACUUAACACCCAACUAGAAAUCCUUGGGACCUCUCUGCUGGGACCUCAGAGACCUUUUUGUCCCCACCGUCCAGCCCCUGCACUGUCCAUCUUGCAGAUGGGGGCGCCGAGGGGCGGGACCGCAGGAGCAUCCCAGAGUCACCCCAAACUCUGCCGUCUGGAUGCAGGGGAAGGGGAGCUCUCUGGGGACUUGGUUUGUAUCCAGACCCUGAACGUCCCCUGGACAUGCUUUCCUAAGAAUUGUCAAGGACCAAAGUCGUCUUCGCUGACACGUGUUGCUUUUCUCUUUGCCUUUUAUUUUUUUUAAAAGAGAGAAAUCCAGUUGAUGGUGUUGAGUAAGACCUCCUCCCCCCCCACCCCCACCCCCCGCCCCCCAUCCCCUCACCCCUGCCCAGCCAUAGUGACUCCAGGCUGGGUCACAGGUGUAGGAUUCCCUGUGCAUCCCGGCCACACAGGUGGGCGCAGGGGGUUCAGACCCACCCCUGGCCCCGCCCCUCAGACCCUGAAACCUGCCGGGGAGGUUUUCCUCUACGCGUCUCCUCUCAGCAUGUAACUGCAAAUGUGAACUCAAGACACUUUUAACUCCAUCCUGUCGGUCUAGCAUUGUCACAGAUGCCCCCAUUUCUCUGUAAAUAUGUGACUUGGAACAAAUGUCUAAAACCCAUGAAAAGUGGUCAUGAAUGCAUGAUGUGGAGAUGUUUUGCACUAUCCUGAUUUUUUGGUCUCUGUAAAAAUAUUUUAUUAACAGCAGAUAUUAAAAAAAGGAAAAGCA